GAUGGGUCUUUUUGUAUAACAUUGUAGGAGAUAUUCCCAAAGAGAUUGGUAAUCUUAAAAGUCUGGAAAUUUUAUAUUUUGGCGGCAAUAAGUUUUCUGCCCAAAUACCAUCAACCAUCUUUAAUAUAUCUGAGUUGCGAAAGAUUGAUUUAAGUUGGAAUAAUUUGUCGGGAGACAUUCCUUCUGAUAUAUGUAAUGGGAUUCCAAAUUUGCAAAAUUUGGCUCUUCAAGAGAACAAAUUAUUUAAUGCUAUACCAUCUGGCUGGACACAAUGCAAGGAGCUGGAAAUAAUAACAUUAAAUUACAACUUGUUCACAGGCCAUAUACCAAAAAGUAUUGGAAACUUGACCAUGCUUCAAGAGUUAUAUUUGAAUUCCAACAACUUGGAAGGUUUAAUACCGAUGGAAAUAGGCAAUCUUCAUAAGCUUGAGACCUUAGAAUUGUCAUAUAACAAGUUGAGUGGAUCUAUGCCAUCUAGCAUUUUUAACAUUUCAACUUUGAAAAAUUUAGAGCUUGAAAGCAAUUCUAUAUCCGGUAGUCUUCCAUCAAAUUUUGGGAAUCUCACUAGUUUCUUUAACCUAGGUUUGGGAGAAAAUAAUUUUAUAGGAUCAAUUCCAAAAGCAAUUGGUAGCUUACAGGAUCUUCAAUCUUUGAACUUGCAAUACAACGAGCUACAUGGCAUAAUCAUUAAUGAGAUUUGUGAAAUCCCGAAGCUUGCCUACUUAUCUUUAAGCAGAAACAAGUUCUCUGGAGGAAUACCACCUUGUUUAGCAAAUCUUACUUCUUUACGAGAACUUUACUUGGGCUCUAAUAAGUUAAUUUCAAAAAUACCUUCUUCCUUUUGGAAUUUGAAGGAUUUAUUGAUAGUAGACUUAUCUUCCAAUAUUUUAGUUGGAAAUAUGUCAUUAAAGAUUGGAAACUUAAAUGCUAUUAUAUUACUAGAUUUGUCAAGAAAUCAUAUUUCAGGCAUUAUUCCAACAACUCUGGGUGGCUUGAAGAACUUGCAAGAUCUCUCCUUGGCACAUAACAAUUUGCAAGGAAAUAUUCCUGAAUCAUUUCUAAAUAUGCUGAGCUUAGUAAAUUUGGACCUUUCUGAGAAUAAUUUAUCUGGUGAGAUCCCUAAAUCCUUGGAGUCACUUACUUAUCUUAAGCUGAAUGUAAUGAUAAAUGUAGCAUCUGCUUUGGAAUAUCUCCAUCAUGGCUUAUCAGAAUCGAAUAUGGAAUCUAUUGGAAUUGUUUCCACAAAAGUAGAUGUAGAUAGCUUUGGAAUUAUAUUACUAGAAGUGUUCACAAGAAAAAAACCAACAGAAGACAUGUUCACCUCAGGAUUGAACUUGAAGAGUUGGUUCGCCAAAAAGGAUAAUUGUAGUGUGCUUCUUCUUUCUAAAGAGAAACAAGAGGGUCUUUCAGUGAUUCGCGAGAGACGCAAGGGAAUAAAUGAGACUAAAGUACCACUAGUAGCUGUCUUUGUUGGGGCAAGACGAUAUAUGAUGAGAUGUAAGACUGUGACUUUGGUGGAAGUGUUAGAGGUGAUUGAGGAAUACCUUGGUCAUUCUUUUUUUCUUUCUUCUUUACAAGCUGAAAGGUUGAUUGAGCAUGGUUGUGAGGCUUAUAUGGUAGUGCUUGCUACCCAAGGGUUUGAGGGAACACAACCAAUUUCAAAGGCUCCCUACAGAAUGGCUCCUUAG